AUGGGAGGCGCUCCCUCCGUGACAAAUUGUGAAAGCGUGACAGCCACAGCGGCUGUUCUUGUGGGCCACGCUGCUCGCGUCGCCUCGGCCGUCGGAGCCGACGUCGUCACAACGACAGAGACGUUCGACUUCUUCUGGCGUGGCCAGUUCGCUGGCUUCAUCGUCAAGGGCCAGUUCAGCUACAACCAGGCCGACGUCCCGCCGAACGGCAUCGUGAGGGAGGAGCACCUCCUCUCCCUCGACGUCUCGUUCUAUGAUCCACAAGGCGUCCACCUUCGCACCUACUCGGACAAUCACCUUCGGUCCGUCGACUCGUCUGGCAACCCGUACGUGAACUUCGCCUUCGACACCCUCUCGCAGGAGCUGCUCCAAGACGGCACCUUCAACGUGGACGAUGACAUCCACCGCUACCGCAACGGGUUCACGCCGCACCUUCACGUGGACGACUGGAACAACGCGACCGGAGCGGGCGAGUUCGGCUUUCCAAUCGGGUACAGCAGUCACAAGGACGCAUCCUUCGCGUACGCCACGACCGCCGACAAGAUCGAGGGAGGAAAGGCCAAGCGGUCCGCGUAG